ACGCGGAGGGCAACGGGGGCGGGGGCGGGGAGGCGCCGCUGCGCCACGAGCGCCACGCCUCGGCCUCGGCUGCGGCGGCAGCCACCUCCCUCCUCGGCGCCGUCGACCGACACGCCGCCAGUUUCGGUUCAAAGGUGACCAACAUGUACAACGAGCUGUGGCGACGCACGCAGCUGCUGGAGGGGCUGGCCAAGGACUCGAUGGCGCUGGCCAACGCGACGCGGCGCGAGCUGCAGGAGGGGAUGCGCUCCGUGUCCAUGCAGCUCAGCCGCUACUGCUCGCUGCAGGCCGACAAGGCCAAGCCCGCAUCUCAUUCUCGAGACAAUAUCGAAGCAACCUUGGAAGAAAUACGGACCAGCACAAGUUCCUACUUUCAAACUAUAAUUUCAAUACAACACAUGUUCCAAGCCUCAUGUCAUCGUAUACAGGAACAUGAACCAAUGCUAGAGAAAUAUCUUGCCGAGACACUUGAAAGAAUAGUUGGACUCCUCACCAAUAACAAGUGGGAAAAUCAAGUGGAAGAUCUACACAGAUAUUUGAAAUCACAUCACACAACUGUUGUGAGAAAUGUUGGUCACACCACAAACACAGUUCUGAGAGCUGCAAAUUAUAGCAGCAAGGAAGCACAGAAUUUAGCAGUUGCCAUCAAUGAAGCACAUGAAGGAUUGCUAAUAAGCACUACAGAUAUUCAAAAAGGCAUCUCAAAAAUACAAAACGAACAGCAAAUAGUUUAUCAAUCAUUAAAGGAAAUUACAGCUGUCAUGAAUGAGCUCGAAAACAAAGUAUCCUAUUCAUCAAAUCAGAGUACAUCUGAGGGUCCAUAUUUGAAAGUGAUUCAGUGCCAAGAAAGCAGUACUGAGUCAACUAAUAUAACAUCUGAACUGAAAAAAAUUUUUGAAGCAAAUCACAACCAUUUGAGCAAGGAGAUUCAAAACCUGACACAAUCAAUAACAGAAGUGCUGAAAAAUUUAGGUGUUCAGAUAUCCUCACACACAUCAGACAAUUCUAAAUCUUCAAAACAAGACUUAAUUAAUGUAUUAACAACUACUAGUGAAGAUUAUGAUGACACUUCAGAACAUGACAGUAUAUCGGAAACUCUUGAAGAAAAUUUGAAUAGUAUAUUUGAUUCCCAUAGUUCAGAAAAAUCAUCAGUUUUUCAAAAUUUAACAAAUUUACAAACUAUGCCUGCAACAAACAAAAAAAGCAUUCAAACACAAAUACCAUCUCAAGUAGAAACCAGUACCCCUCAACCAUCUACUCCUCUUUAUGGUACUUCUUCCUCCCAAGAAGUUACAAGUAUCGUAUCUAAUGCACAUAACGAAAUAAGAGAAAAUCAAUCAAGAGACAAUAAUGAACGAGUUUCAAAUACAACACAAGAAAAUCAAAUUAAUCUAAGCGCACCGUUAAAUAGUACAAUCAUUACAAUAGUUCACAGUGCUGAGCCCAUUACCUCAGAAGACCAAGUUACAUAUUUAUCAACAGAUAACAUUUCCACUGUCAUGAGCAAUCCAGAGAAUGAACAUUUACAUAGGCAAACUUUCAUACAAACAGAACAUAAUAAUAAAUUUAUAGCAAGUCAGAAAUUGGACCUACACGAUACAAAUUAUGCACUCAAUGAAAUGACUACAAAAAACCCUACCCCCUAUUACCAAGAUAUUAAUUCUAGUUUAAGUUCAAGAACAGAGGAAGGGUCUAGAGAGAACAGAGAUCGGAACAGUUCUUUCCCACAUAGGAAACCACAAACACAGGAUUAUAAUCACCAUUCUAACAAUAAUAUGUCCUCACAUCAAACAUUACAAAAGAAUGCAUCUCAAGAUGAUAGACAUGCUGAUGACCAAAAUCUACCUCCAAUGAACAAUCCAAAAAACCAUUCUCAAAGAGAGAUUCACCACAAGUUCCCAAACACAAACAGAAGUUUUCCUAGAAACACAAGACACAAAAACUUUAAUAAAAAUGAUACACACUAUUUAUAUCGUUUACUAAACAAACUUGAAGAGCUAUCAAACCGAUUAAUGAAUUCUGAAAGUAGUGAUGGAUCUGCCCCUGACAACAGUGGACACACAGAUGAUUCCCAAGAAGACUCUGAGGAGAAUCUGGAUUAUUCACUGCCUGACAGUACUUUCUCAAAUAAAUGAAAACUGUACCUGCAAUAAAAUCACACAAACACUAAGACCAAAGACUUUUCAGUAUAUUUUUUAUAAUACAUUAUGUAUAAGUAAUGAGAUUUAGAUACAAGAAAGCUUUUCCAUGAUCUAUUUGUAUAUUAAAUUAUUAAAUAAAUCUGUACAUAAAACAUG